CUCAGAACCUGAGUCUGUCCCAAGGAAAUGAGCUGGGGGUUCGUGGCAGAGAAGUCUCUCCAGUAAAGAAAAAUAUGAAUCUAUUAUUGUUCUGCAUUUCCAUUUCAGCCUUCCACACGUGCCCCGUCUGGGGGUUUACGAUGACGCCGUCCAGUUUAGGAGAGGUGACCGUCUCAGGGUCCCUCAGUCUGACUUGUGCUGUCUCAGAUUCUGCGCUCUCUACUGGUGGAGACUGGUGGCAUUGGCUCAGGCAGCCCCCAGGAAAAGGGCUGGUGUGGCUGGCAUUGAUAGACAGAUAUGGGAACACCCACUAUCUCCCUGACAUUCAAAAUCGAACCACCAUCACUGUGGACCCUUCCAAGGACGAGUUCUACCUGAGAGUGGACAGCCUGAGUCCACAGGACACAGCAACAUACUACUGUGCUAGGAGCACCUACCGGAUGUAUAACUGGUUUGACUACUGGGGACAAGGAACUAUGGUCACCGUCACAUCAGCGUCCCCAGCUGCCCCGUCUCUUUUCCCGCUCGUCUCUUCCUGCGGGGCCGACCCGAGCCAAGAUCCCGUCGCAAUGGGCUGCUUGGCUAAGGACUUCCUUCCGGACUCAAUCAAGUUUUCCUGGAGUGAUGACAAAAACCCCAACAUCACCGAUGGCGUCAAGAAAUUCCCCUCGGUCCUGAAUACAGUUGGGACCUACUCUGCCACCACUCAGCUAUUGGUCCCUGCCUCCAAAGCACAAACAAUUUUCUAUUGCUUAGCUGAACACCCAAAUGGGAAUAAGAAAAUCGAAAUACCUCCUGCCUGUACUGGUGAGCCCAGAAUGAACAUCUUCCCCCCAGCCAAAGACCAAUUCCUAGAGCCCAAUAAAACCUCCACCAUCACCUGCAGUGUUACGGACCUCUGCAGCCCGACUGCUACCUUCUCGUGGCUGAAGGAUGGGGUAAAGGACAGCUCUGAGGUCGUUGUUGGCUCCAAGACCCUCAUCAGCAGGCUGACUGUCUCGGAGAGAGAUUGGGAGGCUGGCCGUGUGUACAGCUGCAAGGUGGAGAGCAAGAAUUUCAGCGACAUGAGGAACACUAGCAAGUCUUUCGAAUGUGGACUUAUUGAUGACUGUUCCCCUGAGAUUGACGCCCUGCUAAUCGCGCCUAAUUUCGCUGAUAUUUAUAUCCGCAAAUCGGCCAUACUGACCUGCAGGGUCAUUAACAUGCAAUCCACGGAGGGGCUCAACGUGAUCUGGACGAAAGAGGAUGGCAGUGAGCUGAAGACCAGCGUUGGAGAUCCUAAGGUGCAGAGCAACGGCCGUUUCAGCGUGGAUGCUACAACCUCUGUGUGCGCAGAUGAGUGGGAGAGAGGAGACAAGUACACCUGCAAAGUGGCUCAUCCAGAGCGCAUCUUCCCCCUUAAAAAGACUUUGACCAAAGAGCCUGUAACCAACAGCCAUGCUCCGUCCGUCUACAUCUUCCCUCCUCCCUCCGAGCAGCUGGCCCUCCGCGAAGCUGCCACCGUCACCUGCCUGGUGAAAGGUUUCAACCCCCCUGACCUCUUCAUCAAGUGGCUGAGCAACGGCGAGGAGCUGAACGCCUCCAAGUACAUCAACACCAAGCCCAUCCUGGAGUCCAGCCAGCCGCCGCUGUACUUCACCUACAGCACGCUGAACAUCAAUGAGCAGGAGUGGAACGCCGGCAACACCUACACCUGCUUAGUCGGACAUGAGAAGCUGCCCCUGCAGGUGACCCAGAGGACCGUGGACAAGUCCACCGUUUAUCUAGAUGGGUUCGUGGACGCCGAAGAGGAAGACUUCUACAACCUCUGGACAACAGCCUCCACUUUUAUCAUCCUUUUCCUCCUGAGUCUUUUCUACAGCACCACAGUGACACUGAUCAAGCUGCACACAUACCCUGAACAACUGCCCUCCCUGUCCCCUUCACACAGUGAUAUCUGCUGGAUCCAAGUCCUUUACUUAGCCGUGCAAACCAAGUCUUCUUCUUCUCUUCCCCCUCUUCCUUUUCAUUUAGGCAUGAGUAAGAAGGAGCCCUCAGUCACCAUCUCCCGAGCCUACCACGAAGACAUCUCCGGGAACAGAGUCUCCUUGACUCUCAUCUGCGAAGCUAGUGGCUUUUACCCUGAAGAGAUCAGCAUCUCAUGGUUGAAGAACAACUCCCCAGAACUCAAGUCCAGUUACAACAAUGGCCCUGUGUCAGGAAGUGGCACUUUCUCUGCCUACAGCAUCCUGAAGGUUGACAAAAGUGGAGGAGCAGUAAAUUACACCUGCGUGGUGCAUCACCCUGCCAUGAAAGAGCCCAAGAGUGUUGUGGAAAAGGUGACCCUCGCCCUGACCAAUCCACAACCACCCACGGUUGAACUCCUGCAGUCCAUAGACCUGGAGAAGAAAAUUGUGACAUUGAAGUGUAUUGCGUAUGACUACAGGCCCAAAGGAGUGACGAUCAAAUGGCAAGGAAAACCACACCUUGCAAGCGAGCGAAGGAUGGAGGAUGGUACAUACAGAGCCAGCCACAAUUUUGAAACAACUAUGGACAAAUGGGAAGAAGAGGCAAAUUACACUUGUGAGGUGGAGCAUAAAGAGACAGGGGGAAAGGUGACCAAGAAGACCAUCAGCAAAGACUGGAUGCUCCCCAGUGCCCCCACAGUGACACUCCACAUCCUGCCCACCUGCCCGAGCCCAGGAGCAAGUGACACUGUCACCUUGCUCUGUUCUGCCAGCGGCUACUACCCCCGGGGCCUGCAGCUGACCUGGCAGGCGGGUGGGAAGGAGAGAGAGGGCACCCAGGUCAGACUCCUCCAGGGGAAAGAUGGAAGAUUCAGCUCCUCCAGCAACCUGACCAUGUCCCAGGCAGAGUGGGACAAGCUGGGAGAGUACAGCUGCCAUGUGACCCACCCUGGGACCGGUAGCACCCAGCUCAGCACUAUCAGCAAGUGUGCAGCCUGUCAGGGGAGCAUCCCCUUGCCCAGCCUGUACCUCCUCAAGCCAUCCCUGGAAGACUUGCUCACUCGAGGUGAAGCCCUCCUGACUUGCCUGGCAGUGGGCUAUGAGCUGGGCCAAGCAAGACUCACCUGGGAGCUGGACGGUGCCAACUGGACUGACAAUGCCACCAUGGGAGAAGCCAAAAAACACAGCAACCAGACCCAGAGUCUCCUGAGCCACCUGGCCAUCCCCAGGGGAGUCUGGGACUCCAGGAGCAGCAUCCUCUGUAGAGUGACCCAUCCCUGCUCGCUGUUUCAGGACAUGGAGGAGACCAUCUGGAAGCCCAGGGGUGCCAGCAUAGCCAAGGCUCCUUCAGUAUCCCUCGUUCUCCCAUCGCCAGCACUACCCAGUCCCAAUGCUGAGGUGUGGAUCACCUGUCAGGUUUCUGGUUUCUUCCCAUCCGAAUUGCUCAUCAAAUGGAAAAGGGACAACCAUACCAUCGAGCCCUCUGGAUACAUUACUCUACCCCCAGUGGCUGAAGAGAGGAAUUCCACCUUCUCUGCCCAAAGCUACCUGAAAAUCCCAGUGUCUCAGUGGGAAAAUGGGGCUGUAUAUACCUGCAUGGUAGGGCAUGAGUCCUUGCCAUCUAUGCACUACACCAGCAGGACUGUGUUAGAUUUCCUGGAGCCAUCUCCCCCAACAGUCACAGUCUUCCACACACCAGACUUAGGUGGGCAUGAGACUCUGACCUGCUUUGCCACCGGCUUCUACCCGAAGCACCUAGACAUGCAAUGGGCUGUCCACAAGCAGCACCUCAGCUGUAGCUCUCCCUCCUCUCCGACGGCCCUGGGCGAUGGCAGGUUCCAGCAGAGCUGUCAGCUGGUGCUCAGGGCGGCCGAAUGGAGCCUGCGGAAGACCUACACCUGCACUGUGACCCAUAACUCCACUCAUACGACCCUGGAGAAGGCGCUGCACUCUACUGGCUGCCAGGAACCAGCAUUGCAAUCCACCUACAUACAGCCCCCAUCUUUGAAAGAGCUUUUCAUGAACAAGUCGGCUUCUGUGAUGUGCCAGACCUCCCUGGCCAAUGCCAGCAUCAACUGGACAAUGGACGGUGAGCUGGCGGACCUGGGAGCCGUGAGGGUGGAGCAACUCAACGGCAGCACCUGGCUUCAAAGUUGGCUGAAGGUCAACCUGAGUGAAUGGAACUCCACCGAGACCGUUAGAUGCCAGAUCAAGAGUGACGAGGAGGAGAACGUGCUGGGCAUCAGCCCAAAGAAUGGUUCCCUGAAGGCUCCAACCAUCUACCUUCUGUUCCCAUCCUCAGAGGAAAUCUGCAGCAACCAAAACCUCACUCUUCACUGCAAUGUCAAAGACUUCUACCCCGGCGAGAUCUCCAUCUGGUGGCAAGAGAAGACAGCCCAGACUGAGCUCGACAUCCCGGCCGAUGAUGAGCACCACAACUGUGACCAUAACAGCCAGCAGUGCUCAGUGAUUAGCAAGCUUGAGGUGUCCAGGAGCAAAUGGAUUCUGGGGACUUCCUACAGCUGUCUAGUCGCCCACCUCUCCUCUGAAGGGAUUAUAGCAAGACGUGCCAAUGUCCAUACUGAGGCCUGGCACUGCUCCAUCCUGGGCAUCAACUCGUGCAGCAUCCGAGAUGACAGCAUGGACGACUACAGCGAGCUGGACGAUGCCCAAUGCGUGUGGACCACGGUCUCCACCUUCAUCGCCCUCUUCCUUGUCACACUCUUCUACAGCGGAUUCGUCACCUUCAUCAAGACAGUGUUGGGUGUGGAGAGAGAGAGACCAUGCGCCGAAGGGUGGAGGGAUGAAAAGAGACACCACGCCAAGAGAAGCGAUGGGUGCUGCAAUGCAGAGAAAGGGGCAGAGGGCUCAGUAGGGAGCCUUGUGCUGCAGAUAGCAGGGUGGGGGGUUCAGGAGGGGUCUGUACAACAACUAAUCCCUGUCACCCUUCUCCCAGAGCCCAUCCCCACUGAACCCCACGCCCCCGAGGUGCACGUCCUCCACUCCUCCUGCACCACCAAGCCAGGUGCCAUCCAGCUGCUGUGCUUCAUCUCCGGCUUCUACCCCGAGCCUUUGACGGUGGAAUGGCUGGUGGACGGCGAGCCCGGGCUACUUCCUAGUGACACCGCCCCUGCCAAGAAGGACGCCGACGGCCGCACCUUCAGCACCCGCAGCAAUGCCAGUGUCUCCCAGGACGUGUGGCUGGAGGGCAAGACGUACACCUGCCAGGUGUCCCACCCGGGCAGUGCCACCACAAAUCAGGACCAUGCCCGCAAGUGCAGAGAAGAAACAACAUCUCCCAGCAACAUUCAGGUCUUCCUGGUGCCCCCAUCUCCUGCCGCCCUGUACGUGGACCAGAGCCCCAUGCUCACCUGCCUGGUGGUCAACCUGCCUAGCGACUCCGGCCUCCAGGUGGUCUGGUCCCGGGAGAAGCCAGGGUCCAUUGUCCCUGAUCCCGUGAACCUCACUGAUAAUUUCAAUGGCACCUUCACCGCCUCCAGCUCCAUGCCCAUCUUCACCCGCGACUGGGAAGCCGGAGAGACCUUCACCUGCAAAGUGGAGCACUCGGAGCUGCCCUCACCCCUCAUCAAAUCCAUCUCCAAGAAGCCAGGCAGGCGCUCUGGCCCAGGCAUCUACCUCCUGCGCCCCCACAACGAGGAGCUGAGCAGCUCUGAAGACUCGGUCAGCCUCACCUGCCUGGUGCGGGGCUUCUUCCCCGAGAACAUCUCCGUGCAGUGGAUGAAGAACCACAAACCCGACGAGAGCUUGGAAUACAUCACCACCCAGCCCAUCAAGGACGGAACCGGCGACUCGAACUUCUUCCUCUACAGCAAGCUGAAAGUCAGCAAGGCCAGCUGGAACAGAGGGGACAUCUACACCUGCAUGGUCAUCCACGAAGCCCUGCAGAUGAAGUUCACCCAACGCAGUGUCAGCAAAGACUCCGAGGUGAUCAUGUCAGGUGAGUUUUGCAGUGAGGAUGGCGACGAGGACUUAGACGGCCUCUGGGCCACCAUCUCGGUCUUCAUCACCCUCUUCCUCUUGAGCGUGUGCUACAGCGCCACCGUGACCCUGUUCAAGGUGAAGUGGCUUUUCUCCACCGUGGUGCAACUGAAGCGCGCGAGGGGGCCCGAGUACAAGAACGUGAUCCAGCGCGUGGUGUAAGGGCCGCUGCCCCCGUCCGCCCAGAGACAAGGGGCCGGGACUCCCGGCUCCAUUGGCAAUACCACCCUGAGUCCCACAGCUGCCCCCCACCAGUGCUGUGCCUCUGGGAGACCCCCCUGGGGGGAGACAGGACCUCGCCCCACAUGGCCUAAUCGGCCCUCAGCCACUGGGGAUGCUGCUGGGAGCUGGGCUAAGACUGGACCACUCAUAUCAUGCAGGGAACAAGUGCCCCUAGCGAGGAAACAACCCUUCUCCCACUUCCCACCCUCCUGAGCCCAACAGUCCCUGCUCUGGGCUGGAUCAGAGCCAGCGCUCCCUAGAGGGAAAGGCCACAUGUCCCAUUCCCCCACCCUGGGGCUAGA